AUGGGCAACCAGAUCCUGAUCCUCGAUGUUGAAAGCCGAGAUAUCGGUGGCCCAGGUGGCCUUCUUGACGACGGCACUCCCACCACUGAUGACUUGGAAGGUCUGACCCUUGGCCGACUCAAUCACUAUAUGUUUGCAAAACUUCACGGGUAUGACUAUCAACUCGUGCAACUCCCGGUGGACCCCACUCUGCACGGAACCUGGAACAAGGUCCCGGCGAUGCGUGAGGCCAUCAAGCACUACGAAUACGUCGUCUUCAUGGACGGCGAUGCCAUUUUCACGCACCCCCAUCUACCUCUGGAAUGGCUCCUCAACUACUGGGGCAUAUCCAACGACACCACAAUGGCCUUGGCCGAGGAUCCAAGUGAUCCUUUCUUCCUCAACGUCAAGAAGCUCGAUAUCAACUUGAACACCGGCUUCGUUAUUGCUCACCAGACCCCACGGAGCGAAGAAUUCUUCGAAGCCUGGAUGACCUGUCCCGAUGAGACACGCUACGAGGGCUGUGGUCGGUGGAAAUUGACCCACACCCAUGAACAGGCCGUCGUCAACGAGUACCUUCGCUACGAUUACCCCGAGGAGAUUCAAAUCCUUCCAUGCACUGAGGCAAAUCGCUAUCCCAACUCGGGCGACUGCAAUGGCGAGUUCAUCUCGCACUAUUGGCCAUUCAAGGAUAUGAUUCCAGCCGGUGCGAAGGAAGUUAUGGCUCAGUACUUCUGGCCCCCACUCCAGAAGGCCUACUCUCAUGAUCGGGACAACAUUAUUGUGACCAUGGAGGUCCCGAUUAAGGAAGGGGACGUCGGCGCCAACGCUACCAAGACACCAGACGCUGAAGAGCAGCAUACGAAUUAA